UCACCUAGUGUUUUCCAAGGCUCUAGUGGAUUGUGCCGAUGUCCAGGCAAAUGGGAUGAAUGCCAGUGGAAUCUACAGUAUCCAUCCUAAUGGGAUCAAAGAACCUCUAAAGGUCUACUGUGAUAUGACCACUGCUGGAGGUGGCUGGACGGUCUUCCAAAGGCGGAUGAACGGGUCAGUUGAUUUCAAUGCAAAUUGGUCACUCUAUAAGGAUGGUUUUGGGAGUGUUUGGGGAGAACAUUGGUUAGGAAACCAGAAUGUAUAUCACCUGACGAAUCAGCGCCCUUGCGAGCUUCGGAUCGACCUCUACGACUUCAAAGGGAACACGAUGCAUGCGACCUACAGUCACUUCAGCAUUUCCAACGAGACCAUGAAAUAUGAAUUGAGGCUUGGUUUAUUUUCUGGAGGAGGGGCAGGAGACUGCCUUACACAACACAACGGACACAAAUUCAGCACCAGAGAUCAAGACAAUGAUUUGUAUGACGAAUUCAACUGCGCUGAGGUUUACCAAGCUGGAUGGUGGUAUAAAAAUACGUCGGAACGGAUGUGCAGACUGAAUGGGAUUUACAUUAAUGAAGACGCUACAAUUAUAAAAUUUAAUAAAGGCAUACUUUGGUCUUGUUGGAGUAUGAACUCUCUUAAAGGAAGUGAAAUGAAGCUCCGUCCGUUUUCGGAGGCUUAAACGUCACAAGCGAAAGCCAACCUAGUUAGGGCCAAUUACAUAAAGUUAUAUGUUGACUACUAAUUCGGCCUCAUUAAAAUUUUCAAAGGGGAGGAUAGCUCUGGGGAACUUCGAUUUAAGCUACGCACAUCCCCAUCUCUAUCCCAAUUUCUUUCUUUACACACACACACAAAUACACACGCACGCACACUUACAUUUAAAUGCUGUCGAGAGUAGAUGGAGAAACAAUAACAUUGGUAAUAAUCCGUGACAGCGGCGGAAACACAUUUAUAGACCUUAAAUUCAUUUACGCAAUCACGCAGCAGCUAAUUGCCUUACGUUGACCUGCAGCUAGCCUCUUGUCGAGUCCCUGGCGGCUGCUUCCCGAGCGAAGCGAGGGAUUUCCUAAUUCGCGAAGCGAAUUAGGCCUGGCGAGCGCAGCGAGCCAGGGCCUCUUGACAUCUGAGCUGAAUUAUAUAUUCAUGAGGAACAUCUUCCUAAUGAAUAUACAUGAGUCAUGAAUAUUACCGGUCACCUAGUAAACCAUGUCAAAGCUGUUUCGUCCGGGGUUCGGAAUACUAGUAGUCCACUAUUCUGCAGGGGAUUCAUUUAAUUGCGGGACCCUAAACGGGAUUUAACCAGCAAAAUGCUACAUGUAGUGGUACUACUACUACUACUACUAGUACUAGCCGUAACAGACCCAUCACCGCCCCGAAACUUCCCGGGAGAUUGGCCUGGUCAGAUUCGAGUCAAGGGGAAGCACCACUAACUGCAAAACCCGACUUCAGCAUUCCCUCACUGCACCGCGGAGAUCGAUAAUCGACGCAGAGUGGAAUCGCAUGAAAGAUUACAUUUUUCCAUAUCUUGUUGGGUAGAUUUACAAAAACAUCUCGUCCUUUCAGUGCAGAUUUAAUUUCAUCGACUUGCAAAUCCUUAAAUCGGUCAAUAUUCAGCAUUUUAGAGGCAUAUUCAAUGCUCUUUGAUAUUUCGUCGUCACUCUUCGCCAAGAAUACACUGGUCGCCAUUCAAGAUGAGCUCAUGAAUAUUCAAUAUGUCGUCAUAGCAGCCCGCGCUCUCAUUGGAUAAUUUUCACCGACCAGUUUUUGGUCGGAAUAUUGGUAAAAACAAUAAAAAACUAAAUAAAGUCGGUCAAGAGGCUAACCUGCAGCUGGUGCAUCUCUGACAAACUUCCGUUUACGUGUCCUCUCAGCAUGGAUCCUCUCCGGGAGGGCGCAACGAUAUUUCGACCUCAAAGGCAUUACUCUCUAUAGUGAGUCACAGAAAAAGGGGAAACCGAGACUCCCAUGUUUCUUCCUUCACAGGCAAAUAAAUUAUGAUGUUUUAAUUUACAUCAUCAUACAAUUUAAUUAUUCCUAUAUAAUUUUGAUACCUAACAUGAGACGAACACGUCACGCGUCAAUGAGCAAAACGAGUUUAAAAUUCGAGUUGCGCAGUAAAAUUGGACAAGAUUGGUUCAUAAUACGACGACCGUGGUAAUUCGAUGAUAUUCAUGAUAUUUGUUAAGUUUCUCUCACUGAUCCAUGAAAAGAGAGUGGAUUCAGAUUCACACAUGAUUUUCAGCUGCAAUCGUUUCUGCGUGCCUCAUCUGUCAAUGCGUGAACGAUUUGCAAAGCUGUUGGUCCAGAUAAGAUUCCACUCUUUUCGUUAAAACCAAAUUUAUAGCAAAAACACAUUUAACAAUUGUGAAAUCUAUCACUGAAAACGGAUUUCCCUGAUUUGUGGGACGCACUGUAUUUCGAACUUGCUUCUUGGGAUGUUUGUGCCUGUAUGUGACAAUUAACCUGAAAUCGAGGACGUUAGGGGGAAAUGCAAAUUUAUUUAUUUUUCUUCAAAUUAUUAUAUUUGCAGCCAGUUGGGUGUCUGUAAGUUACUUAUGCUGCAAUCUCACCAGCUAAUAGCUGCAAAUAGCUUUUGCAGGUCUGGGCCCCGUCUUACAGAGAGUUACGAUUGACCGUAACCCUAUGGAAAUCAAUCGCUGUCAUUUUUUUGGUACAGGAAAUUUGCAAACUGUCCUUUGUAAAAACAGAGGCGAACACACCAAAAUGUCAAGAAAUCACUGAAUUUAUAAAUAUACAUCAAAUCUAGAAUUAUUUUUAUGGAACAAACAUGCAUUUUUAGUUGUGGGCGUUGCUGGCGUUCCAUAGUUGAGGUUGAUCAGAUUAAUCUCAACUCUUCGUUAGACGGUGCCAGGUGUGUGGAAUGUGAUUGCGAGGUUACCGAUUACAUCGUACGUGAAGUUCCAUAACAAACAAACAGAUAAACAAAAUGUACUCAAUUACCAAUGUGCAGCCUACUCAUGCCUUGUGUACUGAAAGCUCUCUCUCCUGUAUCGGAACAGCAAGUUUUGUAUGUGCUAGUCUUUUGCUAGUCUUUUGCUAUAUACAAAACAUGAAUGACGAUGCUCUCCUCCUGUGGCUGUGAUCUUUUAGAUUUGUGUUUAUAAAAAAUCUGAUUAUCAAAGACUGGAUUGUUACCAAGAGCCCUUUCAUCUUAUGGAAUAUACUGGCUAUCGAAAUUAGGAAAGAUCGGUGCAGGAUGACAAGUUUUUGAACUUGAUUUCCAUUUUCCUGUGUCUUAGCAGUACUAUGCUAUUUUACAGUACAGUCCCUCUCAUUCCUUUUUGUGUGAAGUGGAUUUUACUUAUGGCAUUAGCCCUCAUACUUGACUGUGUUGGCUGGUUAUCCUUGAUCUGUCAUCAUGGCAGGUGGCAGCAACCUUGUUGCGCCUGAAGUGUUUAAAGGGGCAGAUGGAGCUGUGUUUAUCAUAGAUGAACUGUUAUGUUUUCUUUCUAAUAAGCUGAAUACGAUCACGACUGAUGAACUAGUCAGACUGAUUUCUUCUUCCUUUAAAUCUGAGGAGAUUGAGGAGUAAAAAAAAAGGCCCUAUUUGAUUCGUGUGGUGAUUUUGGUUCUCAGAGGAAUGUACAGCAUAAGGGCCCUUCAAAGGACAUUAAUAACAUUAAGCAAUGAUCAAAUUGCUUCUUGAAUGUGGUGACAGGGCUCCCACGUUUGUUGCCCUGGAUUUGAAUAGGCUUCCACCUGUGAGCUUUGAUAGUUUGGAUGUGUCUGCCUUACUUGGUAGACUCCAAAAGUUAGAGGGAGAGAUGUCAGCUCUGAAACAAUCUGUGUUGUGUCAGGCAAAAGUUCCAGAAGAUCUGCAGCUAGUUGCUUCACAAAUGGAUUUGCGAGUGUCUUCGUUCAGUGCAGCACCAAAAGCUAAAUUCACGUCUACGAAGUCUGAUGUUCCUGAUGUACCGGUGCCGAAUAUACCGGUGCCACAAGAAGACCAAAUAUAUGAUUCUUGGAGCCAGGUAGUACGACGACGUGGUGGGAGGCGUAGAGCUUCACCUGAAGAGUCCGUCGACAGGCAAACCACAAACGUUCGGGUGACGAAACAGCCGGAAAAGAAGCCCGGUAUUGUGGGGACUGCCUCUGUUGGGGGAAUACUGGCAGCCAAGACCAAAGAGGUUAAUGUGUUUGCCACGAGAUUCGACCCUGAGCCGGAUUCCUCCACUCUCCAGGGAUAUCUCCGUGAGAAGAUAAACGAUUCUAUUACGUGUCGAAAAAUAGUUAAAGAGAAUGACCGUUUUUCCUCAUUCCAUACCACUGUCUUAUGCAAUGAUGUGAAUGACAUGUAUGCGCCUGAUAUCUGGCCAGAUGGUAUUUUUGUCAGGAGGUAUUUUGAACCUCGAAAGCAGAGACCUGGCGUGCAUGAUGCAGGGUCCUCUGGGCCUGGCAGAGAGAACUGAAACAGACCUAGCUAGGUUUUUGCUUUUUUUGCUCCUUUUUUUCUUCCUUAGAUCCAAAUUCAAAGUUAUCAGUUAUAAUUGUCGGGGAAUGCGUCUUGGGCAGAGUACUGCUGACAAAAGCCGUCAUUUUGUCAUUGAACUUUUUUCAAUGAAGAUGUAGAUAUCAUAUGUCUUCAAGAAACGUGGCUAGCUAAGCAAGAUUUAAAUAAAAUUAACUCUCUACAUCCUUCAUAUCAUGGUAUUGGGGAAUCUACCACAGAUCUUAGAAAUGGUUUUGUCCAAGGUCGAAUACCUGGAGGAGUUGCUAUCCUUUGGAAUACUAGAUAUGAACACCUAAUAAGUGAAAUCAGAUUUAAUACUGAUUGGGCUGUAGGUAUUAAAAUUACUUGAGAUGAUAAAAAAAUUGUUAUUAUUAAUGUAUACACCCCUUUUGAAAGUCUAGAUAAUGAAAGUCUUUUUCUUGAGAAAUUAGGCUACAUUUCUUCUGCUGUGGCAGAGUUGGAUACCACAAGUGUUUUUAUAGUUGGUAAUUGGAAUGCGGACAUCUCUGAUCAUGGUUCGCUUUUUGCAAAUCACUUGAAGGCAUUUUGUAAUUAUAAUAAUAAUGUUUUAUCAAGUCUUGAUUUUUUACCAGGUGGAAGUUAUACAUAUGUUAGUGAAACUUGGUAUACUACUUCUUGGUUAGAUCAAUGUAUUAGUACAGCAGAUGCUCAUGACUCCAUCGAGGAUAUUAAGAUAGAAUACAAAUUUGCUACCCCAGAUCAUAUUCCAAAUAGUAUAUCAAUUGAUUUUGGGCACUUGCCAGGUCAAAUGAAGACUGGUUCGAAUAAUAUUAGAAAGGGGAAGAUAGAUUGGAUGAGGAUUAAUGAUAGUCUCAAAGAUGAAUAUUGCCGCCGAACUGAGUUAGGGUUAAAUGAAAUAAAUUUGGUGUCUGAUGCCUUUUCUUGUAAUGAUCCUAAUUGUACAACUUGUGGUCACAUAGGUGAAUUAUGUAAUUUGUAUAACAGUAUUGUAGAUGUUUUAUGUGAUGCAAGUGAUUGCUUGUAUAAGUUUAAAAGGGUCCAGGGACAUUCAAAGCCUGGCUGGAAUGAACAUGUUGCACAGCUUCACUCACAGGCUCGAGAAGCUCUUUUGCGUUGGUAGAGGAUGGACAAAUUAUAAAUGGCCCUCUCUUUGAGUUGAAAAAUAAGGCGAAUGCGCGUUUUAAAUAUGCUUUACGUUUUGUUAAAAAUAAUGAAAACACUAUGUGUGCAGAUUCAAUUGCUAGUAAACUGCAAAUUAAGAGUUAUGAUGAUUUUUGGAAAGAAAUCAGGUAUAUGAAUAAUAGUAAGUCACCCUCACCUACAAACAUUGAAGGUGUCACAGGAGAUAAUGAAACAUGUGAACUAUGAAGAAAGCACUAUAAGGAUCUGCUAAAUUGUGUUAGAAGUGAAAUGCUUUUAGUUAAAUAUGUUUCUUUUCAUGAUGAUAUGAUUGUUUCCCCGGAAGAAAUUGUAAAAGCCAUUAAGAAGCUUGAUGGCAAUAAGUCAUGCGGGUUAGACGGUAUAACUGCAGAGCAUUUAAAGUAUGCUUACUCCAAAUUAGGUCCUUGCUGUAUGCUUUUCUGGUUUUUUAAUUCAUGGAAUACUACCCGAUAGUAUGCUAUCUGUUAUUUUGGUCCCUGUGUUGAAGGACAAAGCGGGCCGAAUUGCUAGCAAAGAUAACUAUAGACCCAUUGCGUUAGCAAGUGUAAUUUCUAUAGUCUUGGAGAAGAUAAUUCUGUGUAGGUUAGAAAAAUAUAUUUCAAUAUGUGAUAAUCAAUUUGGCUUUAAAGCGAAACAUGGAACUGAUAUGUUUUUUUUUUUUCUAAAAAAGAUCAUUGCGAGCUAUCAAAAGAGAAAUUCCUCGGUGUUUUUAUGUUUUAUUGAUGCCUCCAAAGCAUUUGAUAUAUAGAGUCAAUCAUGGAAAACUCUUCCAAAAAUGUAUGAUAGUUAUUUGAUCAGGAUAUUGAUAUAUUAGUAUGGUAACCAAACUAUGAUGAUUAGAUGGGGUAGCUGCCUAUCCUACUCGUUUACUGUUGUUAAUGGUGUUCGACAAGGAGGUAUAUUGUCUCCAUACCUUUUUAACUUGUACAUGGAUGACUUAUCUGUGAAAUUGAAUUAUUGUAGUACUGGCUGUUUAGUUGGUUGUACCAAGAUUAAUUACUUGAUGUAUGCUGACGAUCUUGUAAUUUUUAGUCCGUCAAAUACCGUGUUGCAGAGUCUGUUAAAUGUUUGCACUCAGUUUGGUAUGGAUAAUGAUGUCAAAUUUAAUGCGAAAAAAGUCAUGCUAUGUUUGUAACUUGUAAAGAUCAUAAUAGAUUAGUGUUUCCAGAUUUCUAUCUGUGUGGCGCCAAACUUGGAGACCAGAUAUCUUGGUCAUUUUUUUACAGAGGACCUAUGUGAUUAUAGAGAUAUUUAUAGACAGUGUCGCAAACUUUAUGCACAAGGAAACACACUGUGCAGGAAAUUCCAUAUGUGCUCCCAUGGAGUAAGGAUUGCAUUAUUUCGAGCAUAUUGUACACCGUUGUAUACUGCAAAUUUGUGGUGCAAAAAUAAAAAGAGCAGUUUAAAGGAAAAUGAAACCUUUGGAACAAGAUAGCUUGUGUGAAAAUAGAAAAAUCAAA